CCACGAAGCAAAAUGGUUGUUCCCUGAAUGAAUGGGCUACCUUUGUAUUUGAUUAACGCUGACUGCAUCUGCUUAUUGGCUCAAAAACCAAAAUGGCGGACGAAGAAGAAGAAUCUGGCUAUCGAUGGUUGAAUCAAUAUGAAAAAACCUGGGAAGCAAUCAGGGAAGAUGAGGAAGGCUCCUUACAGUCCUUGGUUGAUGAUCUUGCACAUAGAAAUAAAAGAAAAAGGGCCUUCUUACGGACAGGAAAUGUCAGGCUUGGGAUGAUGAGACACUUAUUCUUGGUUAUUGACAUGUCUAAGUCAAUGGAAGAAGCUGACUUAAAACCUACUAGAAUAGCAUGCACUGCCAAGCUUCUAGAAAAUUUUAUAACAGAGUACUUUGAUCAAAAUCCUAUAUCACAGCUUGGAAUUCUUAUAACAAAAAAUAAAAGAGCUGAAAAAUUAACAGAAUUAAGUGGAAAUCCUAAAUUACAUAUUAAUGCUAUCAAAAAGAGUUGUGUUGUUAAAGCAUGUCAAGGAGAGCCUUCUUUACAGAAUACAUUGUCUCUGGCUGCACAGUCUUUAAGACACAUGCCAGGUCAUUCAAGCAAAGAAAUAUUGAUAUUAUUUGGAAGUUUGACAUCCUGCGAUCCUGGUGACGUUAAUCAAACAAUACAGACUGUUUUAGGUCAAAAUAUAAGAUGUUCAAUAAUUGGACUUGCAGCUGAAAUGAAAGUUUGUAAAACCAUAUGCCAGAAAACACAAGGGACAUACAGAGUCAUCCUUGAUGAGAGUCACUUCAAAGAACUGCUGUUACAUCAUGUUACACCUCCUACUGCAAAGGCAGAUACUGAGGCAGCCCUGAUUAGAAUGGGAUUCCCACAGCAUGUUGCGAAGGGACCUCCAUCAUUCUGCAUGUGUCAUUUAGACAGCACAAAUAGCAGUAGUGGGAUGAACACACAUGGGUACUACUGCCCUCAGUGUAAAAGCAAGUACUGUGAUCUUCCUGUUGAAUGUAAAGUUUGUAGUUUAACGUUAGUAUCAGCGCCUCACCUUGCUCGUUCUUAUCAACAUUUGUUCCCAUUUCCACAAUUCGAAGAAAUCUAUUUACCCGUGACCACAGAAACCAGGCAAUGUGAAGCUUGUCAGAUCGUUCUCAAAGAGAAAUCGGCUUCAACAUGUACUGGAUGCAAGCAAGUGUUUUGUCUUGACUGUGAUGCCUACAUCCACGAGUCUCUUCACGCAUGUCCAGGGUGUGUAGCCAGUAAUGAUUGUAAAUUAUAACAUUAUAUAUUAAAGCAAUUUAUCAUA